CACCGCGUGUCCACACCCUCUUCCGGUCCGGGCUCCCGCGACUGCUUCUUCUUGCUUUCGGUGGAUGCUGCGCAUCUCGGAGCGCAAUAUGAAGGUGCUCUUCGCCGCCGCCCUCAUCGUGGGCUCCGUCGUCUUCCUUUUGCUGCCGGGACCCUCCGUGGCCAACGAUAAGAAGAAGGGACCCAAAGUCACAGUCAAGGUAUUCUUUGAUCUUCAAAUUGGAGAUGAGCCUGUAGGCCGAGUGACCUUUGGACUCUUUGGAAAGACUGUUCCAAAAACAGUGGAUAAUUUUGUAGCCUUAGCUACAGGAGAGAAAGGAUUUGGCUACAAAAACAGCAAGUUUCAUCGUGUCAUCAAGGACUUCAUGAUCCAGGGUGGAGACUUCACCAGAGGAGAUGGCACAGGAGGAAAGAGCAUCUAUGGUGAGCGCUUCCCAGAUGAGAACUUCAAGCUGAAGCACUAUGGGCCUGGAUGGGUGAGCAUGGCCAAUGCAGGCAAAGACACCAAUGGUUCUCAGUUCUUCAUAACUACAGUCAAGACGUCCUGGCUAGAUGGCAAACAUGUGGUUUUUGGCAAAGUUCUAGAGGGCAUGGACGUAGUGAGGAAGGUGGAGAGCACCAAGACAGACAGUCGGGACAAGCCCCUGAAGGAUGUGAUCAUUGCAGACUGUGGCAAGAUCGAAGUGGAGAAGCCCUUUGCCAUUGCCAAGGAGUAGACUCUCAGGGGCCUCAUCCCUCCAAAUGGCUGUAUGCGCAGGUCCUGUUACUACCCUCACAGGGGUGAAGGUAGCCAGGCACAAGGUUCCGCGCCACCCAGCCCCAGUGCUUCCACCUGAGGGGGUGGACCCACACCCCCUCACAUUCCACGGGCCUGGUUUUUCUAUCAAACUCCUAUCAAUGCUGAUCAAUAAAAAAAAGUGGGUUUUCUUUUUUAUAA